UAUGAAUCCGAGGUAUUUCCACCAUAGAUAAUAUAGAUUAUAUUAUCUAUGGGUAUUUCGGGCAGUCGAGCUGUCGAGCAUGCCGAAUGCUGGCCGCCAGGCAUCUUGCUGGAAAUCUUGUAUCCACCCUUUGCCUUGAACAUAGACAUCAAUAUUUAAUUUUAAAUCAUGAAGACUUAGAAUACUAUUCUAGGGUCUAGUCUUCAUGUCUUAAAUGCAAAUCACUACUAUAUUAUGUUAAUCAGUGUUUUCAUUUUAUUUAUGGCAGCAAAGAAGAAAAGGUUUUACCAGAUGUAUUAUGUGCAAAUUCAAACCCCUUUUACGACCAAAUCACAGGUUUGAAAUAAAAGUAUAGCUAAAAAACCUAAUUGUAAUCAUUUAUGUUCACAGUACAUCAGUUCUUAAUUUGAAAGACAGACAAAAAAGAUUCCAUAAUUCAAUAUGGAACCAUUAAAAACAACUAUUGAUGAUUGUGCGAUCAAGUCCAAAUAUAAUGAUAUAAUAGACGGUUCUAGAGUGUUGUCAAUUCCACUUACUAGAUGUGAUGAUAAAGUAUUUAAUGGAAUUAUUAAACAGAAAAAUAUUGAAAAUCAAGUAUUUAAAGGAAUUAUUAAGAAGGAUAUUAUUGACAAAAUUAUUGAUGGUCUUCACAAAAAUAGUCAAUUAUUACAAUUAGGUUCUAGAGUGAAGUCAUUUCCACUUAAUACAAUAUGUGGUGAUCAAGCAUUUGAUGGAGUUAAUAAACAGGAAAAUAUUGAUGGUCAAGUAUUUAAUGGAGUUAUUAAAGAGGAGAUUUUUGAUGAAACAGACAUUCACAAUGAUAGUCAAUUAAUACAAAAAGGAACUAGAACUGAAGAAAAUGGAAACACAUUUGAUACCGAGAUAAAAAUAAAAAAAGAUUUUAUUGACGGACAAGAAUUUGAAGGAACAGUUUUUAAUGAAAACCACUCUUUAGAAUUGAUUACUUGUAUAAAUAUGGACAUAACUUUUAACAGCUUAAGGGAAAAUCCAUUUAAUGAUUUCUGUGAUAAAAUAUCUACAGCAUCCAAUUUAACUGUGCAUAAAAGGACACAUAACAGGAAAAAGCUAUAUAAAUGUGAUAUCUGUGGUACACGGUUUUCCAAAGCAUUAGAUUUAACCAGGCAUACAAGGACACAUACAAGGGAAAAGCCGUAUAAAUGUGAUGUCUGUAAUAAAGUGUUUGCUAGAGCAUCAGGUCUAACAAGGCAUAACAAAAUACAUGCCAGAGAACAGCAGUAUAAAUGUAAUAUCUGUGGUUUACAGUUGUCUAGAGCAUCACAUUUAACCAGACAUAAAAUGAUACAUAAUGUAGAAAAGUCUUAUAAAUGUGAUAUCUGUAAUCAUGCUUUUUUUCAAGAAUAUAAUUUAAAAAUCCAUAAAAGGACACAUAGCGGUAAAAGGCCGUUUAAAUGUGAUAUCUGUAAUACAGGGUUUUCUAAAGCAUCACAUUUAACCAGGCAUAAAAGGACACAUACCGGAGAAAAGCCUUAUAUAUGUGAAAUCUGUGAUCAAGCUUUUGCUCAAAAGUAUAAUUUAACAACCCAUAAAAGGACACAUACCGGAGAAAAGCCGUAUAAUUGUAAUAUCUGUGGUUUACGGUUUUCUGAUGCAUCAAACUUAAAAAAGCAUAGUAGGAGGUCACAUACUGUAAAAAUAUCUUGAUCAUUGUGAUAUCUAUUACCAAUGUUUUCUCUUUGAUCACAUUUAAAAAGUUAUACAAGGACACAUGCCAAAGAAAACCGUAUAAAUGUAUUAUCUACGAUUAAAGAUAUAAUGGCUGCGCAACGAGGUGUGAUUACGAGACCUCCAAAGUGUCUUCAACUUGAGCUACCAUUAUAUCUUGAAUCGUGGUAUUUUCUGUUAUAUAGCGUUUUCCAAGGCAUCAAAUUAAUAAAAUCAUACAUUCAUACGAGGAUUCCUACCAGGAAAAGUCUUUAAAAAUGCAACAUAUAUUCAAGACACAUUCAAAUUAUAUUCUAACAAUACAAUUUAUUUUAUAAUUUAAUUAACAAUAAUAUCUUUACUAUCAAUAUAUAACAUUAUUUAGUACACUACAAAACAUAAAAUUUAUUUA